AUAGUCCGCUGCUGCUGCAGCUCCAAACUUGGCUGAAGGCCGGUAGUGAGAAGAGAUCUCGAGCUACUUCAACAAAACUUUCUCUCCAGUUUUUCCUGCUCCCUCUCUCCCCCUUUCCUUCCCUCUCUCCUCCUGAUGGUAUUCACAUAAUAGCUCUGCAUUGGAAGGGGUGGCCAAGAAGAAAAACCCCCAUCCCAAAUUCAGUCUUUCCCCCCUCCUCUCCCCACUUCCUUUCUACCCCUUUUUUUCCUUCUCUUCCUCCCCCCCGCCCCCACUUUUUGGUUGUAAAAGACAAAAAUAUGCAGGGUGCUUAGAUAAGGCUGGAUGAAUUGAUGGCAUCCCUUCUCUUGCCUAGUCACUCCGUUCUCUCCGCUUCCCCUUUUUAGAAAAAAAAAGUCUAUAGAGGAUUUCAUUCUGCUCUAGAAUAUAAUUCUGGCGUUGGCUUGCCAAGAGGGGAAAUCAGAGAGAAGGAAUACGGGAACCCUCCGGUGCUAUUUCCUAUUGUUUGAAACUCACUUUAUAGCAGAGAAUUUGAAGAUGAAAACGGUAAAGAAAUGGACAACAGUUGUUUGCUAUUCACUUUAACUCCUCAUUGACAUGUGAAGGACUUUUUAAUUACUUUUGGACUGAAAAUGUCUGCAGACAUAGAAAAAAGUAUAUUAUUCCAAAACGCCUAUCAAGAAGUGGAACCACAAAUAGCUAAUCCUGAAGAAAUAUAAUAAAUCUUGGUUAUGGUGCAAUGCUGGAGUGGAGUUAAAGCUGUAGCACAUAGGUAGCCCACUUCUUCUAAAUUAUGGAAAAAUUGUGGAAGAUGUUGACCUGGAUUUUGUGCUUAAUUAUGGUUUUGUCAGAAUUUCACGGUGACAACAGGCUUUCGUAUAGUUCUCAAGAGGAAUUCCUGUCUUACCUUGAACACUACCAACUAACAAUCCCAAUAAGGGUUGAUCAUAAUGGAGCCUUCCUCAGCUUUACUGUGAAAAAUACUAAGCCCUCCAGGAGAAAGAAGAGGAGUACUGAACAUUAUGACCAAGAACUGGCAGUAUCUAAAUUAUUUUUUAAACUUUCUGCCUAUGGCAAGCACUUUCAUUUAAACCUGACUCUCAACACAGAUUUGGUCUCCAAACACUUCACAGUAGAAUACUGGGGGAAAGAUGGGCCUCAGUGGAAACAUGACUUUUUAGACAACUGUCAUUACACGGGAUAUUUACAUGGCCAGCAUGGUACAACUAAAGUAGCGUUAAGCAACUGCAACGGUCUGCACGGUGUUAUUGCUACAGAAGAUGAAGAGUAUUUUAUUGAGCCUCUAAGAAAUGUAUCUGAAAAUUCCAAUCAUUUUAGUUAUGAAAGUGGUCAUCCUCAUGUUAUUUACAAAAAGUCUGCAAUGUACCAUCGACUCUUCUAUGAUUAUACUCAUUGUGGUCUCUCAGAAGACCUCACAGGAAGCAGUAAACCUUGGUGGUUGAACAAUACCCUUGCUUUUCCAACUUUACUUCCAAUUAAUCACACAUUAAGUAGUCACCAUCGACUGAAGAGAUCAGUAAGCACUGAACGUUUUGUGGAGACGCUGGUAGUAGCAGACAAAAUGAUGGUGGGAUACCAUGGUCGCAAAGAUAUUGAACAUUACAUUUUGAGUGUCAUGAAUAUUGUUGCCAAACUUUACCGUGAUUCCAGCCUAGGAAACGUUGUGAAUAUUAUAGUGACUCGUUUAAUUGUUCUCACAGAAGACCAGCCAAACUUGGAGAUAAAUCACCAUGCAGACAAGUCCCUUGAUAGCUUCUGUAAGUGGCAGAAAUCCAUUCUCUCUCACCAAAGUGAUGGAAACACCAUUCCAGAAAAUGGAAUUGCCCACCAUGAUAAUGCGGUCCUUAUUACUAGAUAUGAUAUCUGCACAUAUAAAAACAAGCCUUGUGGAACACUGGGCUUGGCCUCUGUUGCUGGAAUGUGUGAGCCUGAAAGGAGCUGUAGCAUUAAUGAAGAUAUUGGCUUAGGUUCUGCUUUUACCAUCGCACAUGAAAUUGGUCACAAUUUUGGUAUGAACCAUGAUGGAAUUGGAAAUUCUUGUGGGACCAAAGGUCACGAAGCCGCAAAACUUAUGGCAGCUCACAUUACAGCAAACACCAACCCCUUCUCAUGGUCAGCCUGCAGCAGGGAUUAUAUCACCAGUUUUUUAGAUUCUGGCCGUGGUACUUGCCUUGAUAAUGAGCCUCCAAAGCGUGACUUUCUUUACCCUGCAGUGGCACCAGGUCAGGUGUAUGAUGCUGAUGAGCAAUGUCGCUUCCAGUAUGGAACAACAUCACGUCAAUGUAAAUAUGGGGAAGUGUGUAGAGAGCUUUGGUGUCUCAGCAAAAGUAACCGCUGUGUUACCAACAGUAUUCCAGCAGCUGAGGGCACCCUUUGCCAGACUGGAAGCAUUGAAAAGGGGUGGUGUUAUCAGGGAGAGUGCGUACCUUUUGGCACUUGGCCCCAGAGCAUAGAUGGGGGUUGGGGUCCCUGGUCAAUAUGGGGAGAGUGCAGCAGGACCUGCGGGGGAGGAGUCUCAUCAUCCGUAAGACACUGUGACAGUCCAGCACCUUCAGGUGGAGGAAAAUAUUGCCUUGGAGAAAGGAAAAGAUAUCGCUCCUGUAAUACUGAUCCAUGCCCUUUUGGGGCCCGCGAUUUUCGAGAAAAACAGUGUGCAGACUUUGACAAUAUGCCUUUCCGAGGAAAAUAUUACAACUGGAAACCAUAUACAGGAGGUGGUGUUAAGCCAUGUGCAUUAAACUGCUUAGCAGAAGGUUACAACUUUUAUACGGAACGUGCCCCUGCAGUGAUCGACGGAACACAGUGCAAUGCAGAUUCGCUAGAUAUUUGUAUCAAUGGAGAAUGCAAGCAUGUUGGGUGUGACAAUAUUUUGGGAUCAGAUGCUAAAGAAGACAGAUGUCGAGUAUGUGGAGGAGAUGGGAGUACAUGUGAAGCUAUUGAAGGUUUUUUCAAUGACACAUUGCCCAGAGGAGGCUACAUGGAAGUGGUUCAGAUUCCAAAAGGUUCUGUUCACAUUGAAAUCAAAGAAGUGGCUGUGUCAAAGAACUACAUUGCUUUAAAAUCUGAGGACGAUGACUAUUAUAUUAAUGGUGCCUGGACUAUCGACUGGCCUAGAAAAUUCGAUGUUGCUGGGACAGCUUUCCAUUAUAAAAGGCCAGCAGAUGAACCAGAAUCUUUGGAAGCCUUAGGCCCUAUCUCAGAAAAUCUCAUAGUCAUGAUUUUACUACAGGAGCAAAACCUGGGGAUAAGGUAUAAAUUCAAUGUUCCCAUCUCUCGUACUGGCAGUGGCGACAAUGAAGUUGGCUUUACGUGGAAUCACCUACCUUGGUCAGAAUGUUCUGCUACUUGUGCUGGAGGUGUGCAGAAGCAAGAAAUAGUGUGCAAAAGGCUGGAUGAUGGUUCCAUAGUACAGAACAAUUACUGUGAUCCUGAUAGCAAACCACCAGAAAAUCAAAGAGCCUGCAACACUGAGCCUUGCCCACCCGAAUGGUUUAUAGGAGAUUGGUCAGAAUGCAGUAAGACCUGUGAUGGUGGAAUGCGAUCACGAACCGUUUUAUGUAUCAGGAAGAUUGGACCCUCUGAAGAGGAGACCUUGGAUAGUAGUCAUUGUUUAACACAUCAGCCAAUUGAAAAAGAAUCCUGUAACAACCAGUCUUGCCCCCCACAGUGGGUUCCUUUGGAUUGGUCAGAAUGUACUCCAAAAUGUGGUCCUGGUUUCAAGCAUCGUAUUGUUCUCUGCAAAAGCAGUGACCUUUCAAAAACAUUUCCAGUUGCACAUUGCCAAGAAGAAAACAAGCCACCAGUUCGCAUGCGUUGUAGCUUGGGCAGAUGUCCUCCACCACGAUGGGUUACUGGAGACUGGGGACAGUGUUCCGCACAGUGUGGUCUUGGACAACAGAUGAGAACUGUGCAAUGCCUCUCAUAUACUGGGCAAGCUUCCAGUGACUGUCCAGAUACUGUUCGGCCUCCUUCAAUGCAGCAGUGUGAAAGCAAAUGUGACAGUACUCCAAUUUCCAACACAGAAGAAUGCAAAGAUGUGAACAAAGUGGCUUAUUGCCCACUGGUGCUGAAGUUCAAGUUCUGCAGUCGAGCAUACUUCAGACAGAUGUGCUGCAAGACCUGCCAAGGACAUUGACCCACAGAAAUUGAAAGUGCCUUGCUAUUUCAUUCUGGAAAUGUGUCUAUCAAAGAUUGCUGCACAAUGCAACCAGACAGAUGUCCUUGUAAAUGCAUCACCCUGUGGAAAAUGUAACCACUGGUCAGCCUCAGCUGACAGAAUUUCAAUAUUAUUUUAACUUCUAUGAAGUGGGAUUUAUUCAUCCAAAGUGCUGGACACAGUAUAAGGAGGGCAUGCCAAAAUGGAAAAAAUACACACAGUGCAUACAGAGUAACUUAUGGUGGAACACGUGUACUUUUGAUGAAAUCCACUAGUCUGUUUACCUCCUUGGACCAUUAAGAUAAUUUUUAUUAUGGACUUAGAAAUGACACUGAAUCCAUUUGUAUUUAAUAUUGUUUAAAAUGUAGCUGUUGUGGUUUGGUCAACUACAGAUGCAAAGAAGAAUUUUUAAAAUGUUGUCAUAGCUUAUAAUUAAUAACUAUUUUAUGUUACUACAUAAGCACCACAGUUUAAGUUAAAGAAGUGGGCUUGGGAAUAUUAUAUUAGGAACAAUUAUAAAUCAGAAGUAAAAGAAAUGUAUUUUCCUUUGUUUCAUUCUCUAGAGAAUAAUCCAUAUUUCCUGAAGACUGCUGUGAGCCAUAUCUAAAGCUAAACUAAACUAGAAUGAUGAGGAACAUAGAGUUAAGAGAUGCAACAGUAAUUGCCUGAAUGCAUCCAACAUUAAAGAAAUAUGUGCUGCAGGUUUAUAGCCAUCUUGCCAUCUCACAAAUCAGGAUUUCCACUAAAAGGGAAUAUAUCCAUACAAUAGAGGGGUCAUACUCCAGUUGUGAAUAGCAUUUUUCCUACUAUUUCACUGCUUAAGGUUGGUAUCUACAAAUUCACUGUUAACUUUAGUUACAGAGAGGCAUCAAUUCUGCAGACAUCUAACUGGUUUUGUUACUCUGUAAUUACUAAUGAUAAACUGACUAGUGAGGUAGAGUCUCUUCUGCUGAUCAUGCUGAAAAGUACAGUGGCUUUCCAGUUUCUCUUUCAUUUAUAUAAUAGGAGAACACAGAUUUAUGAGAGAGCAUGGAGAAGAGAAAACAUGCAUAUGCCCAGUUUUUUGGAGACUAUUACAGAAUAAACAACCAAAGAGUACAUAACUUAUGGGAACUUUCAAAUCAAAGUACCAUAGCUUUUAUAUUCACCAUAUCAAUUUAUGAAUAUUCUGAAUUUUAUUUAAAUGUGAAGCCAAGCUCCUGGGGUAAAAUUGAUUCCAGAAUCCAGUGGGAGCUAAUACUAAUGGCCAUACUUCUCCCCCAUUCCCUGCUUUUGUCAGUGACACAACAAAGAGAUAAGGAAAGUGGGUACUUGUUUAUAUUAUUAUAUUGUACUUGAACACUUGCAGUUUGUAGCAGGUACUUGAUGAAUGUGCUUUGUGUCCAACUUGCCUCCUUUGUUGUAGUGCAAUUGAGAUGAUGUGAACACCACCACCUUGUAUUAACACUAGAAGUCAAACAGCACUUUUAUUAAAAAAAUACUCUUAAUGAGACAAGUUUUUAUAACAUGUAUAAGAUAUCUAAAUAUGUCAGUAUAUUUAACAAAUUGCAGUAAGCCAAAUGUGUUGAGCAAUAUUUACUAAUGUGAAUUAAUGGGUGGGGGGAUAGAGAAAAAGAGAGUUGUACUAUGUGGGAGGGAAAACCUUGACAAUCCAUCAGUGGGGUUUUCUGUAGUUCAUUAAUUCAUAACCAUCAAUUUUUUUGUCAUAUUCUACCUCUUGACAGUAUGUUUCACUUCCAUAUAUAUAUAUCUAUGAAUCAGUACGUUCAUUUGUGGCAAAUCUGUUUACUUGGAGCUAUUUGCUGCUCAGUUGCAACGUACUUCACUCUCAUUGACACCGAAGCUUAGAAAGGAAAACUAUACACAUCUGGGAGUAACGUGUAGGCCUGAGGGUAGUGUAGCCAAUGUGUCAAUUACCUUAGUACAUCAGUCCAAUAAGGAAAUACCAUGGUGCUAACAUGCCUUGGCUAAGUAAAUAAUAAUAAAAGGGAUAGAUAUUGCAUGGCAUUUUCCAGGCAAAAGAUUACAGUCUAUCAUACUCUGAUCUGCUCUGAGGCAUAAAUGUAUUUAUUAGUUAAUGUGUGUCUUUUCAACUAGCAAGAAAUGAUGGGAUUUAUUAAAACAAAAUCCUUUUUACCUCACUUUAGGACAUUGACAUUGCAAUGACACAUUUUGCCCUUUCAUUGGUGCUAGUAGACCAGGGGGUCCAAUGUUUACUCUGCAGUUUAGAAGAGCACCAAGUUUGGAAUUUAAGAAACCCCCUGGAGCAAUGUUGAGUUUCAUUGCUAAAGUGAAUGAAAUACAGAAUGUAUUGUGUUACAAAUGGACAGAUAUAUUGCUCUAGAUCUGAAUUAAAAGCCUUAAAUAAAGAGGUAAAUCAUUGGUUUCCACAGCACAGGACAUUUCUGCUGCUACACUAUAGCCAUAUAUAUAAUCUAAGCUAAAAUAUUAAAAGUAUUAUAUUCCUAAAUAAUAACAAUAGGACCAUUUGUAUAGGCUACACAAAGAUGGGAAACCUUGGAAUUCAGUACUAGGGUAUUAAACUCACAGUGUGUUGUUGAUAUUUCCAUUGAGCAAUGUCAUUGACACUAAGGCUCUCAUACUGAAACAAAAUGCCUAUUCAACACAUCAAAAUAUACACUCCUAGAAAUA